AUGCUCGGCUCCUUCGCCCGCUGCUCGCUUCACACGCCGCUCCGCACGCCGCUGCGCGCGCCGCUCAGCGCGCCGUCGGCGCUCCACCGCGCCUGCUUGCCGUUUCUUCGCCCGCCUGCGGCUCGCCUCUGCACAGGCACCGGCGGACGGACAAAGACGGCGCGCGAGGGCAGGAGCCGUCGGUGGGGCCCAGUCUCUGUGCUCGAGACCGUGCCAGCCGGGCUCGUCUUUCUCGACUACCUCGGCACGGCCGCCUUCGCUGCCUCAGGGUGCCUCGUCGCCGGCCAGGCCGGCAUGGACACGCUCGGCUGCGUCUUUGUCGGCACCAUCACCGCGCUCGGCGGCGGGACCGUCCGCGACGUGCUGCUCGGCCGGCUGCCCGUCUUCUGGUUCCGGGAGACAUCCUUCCUCCUCCUCUCGAUCGGCGUCGGCCUCGCAACCUUCUUUGGCUCCGAGUCGCUCGAGACCGUGGGGCUGCUGCGCGCGGACGCGCUCUUCCUGGGCGACACGCUGGGCCUGGGCGCCUUCGCUGUCGUCGGCGCGCAGGCGGCCAUUUCGGCGGCCAUGCCCUUCUCCGUCUGCUGCCUCUGCGGCAUGCUCACCGCCACCUGCGGCAUCCUCUACUCUGGCGAGGGCGAGGCGGGUGCGCUGUACGCGCCCACCGCGCUCGCCGGCGCCGCGCUCUACGCAGGCCUCGUCUCGGUGGUGGCGCGGCCGGCGGCCAUUGUGCUCGGGGUCGGGAGCACGAUUGCGAUGCGGAGCCUCGCCUACUCGUACCGCGUCCGGCUGCCGGCGAUGGAGCGCUUCGUCAGCUCGGAGCAGGAGUCGGCGCCACAGCCCGGCCUCGCAGUCGGCGACGCGCACAUCUUUGUGACUGCGUACGGCGCCGACCGGCUCGGGCUUGUCGCGCGGCUGAGCGAGUGCAUCUCGGCGGCGCGCGCAAACAUCUCCGCCUCCAAGAUCAUCACCAUCGGCGACGACAUCGCCUUCAUGAUGGUCGUGUCGGCGCCGUCCGGCGGGGCGGACGCGCUGCGCAAGUCGCUCGUCGCGGCGGGCAGGCAGGGCGGGCUGCGCGUGGAGACGUCGCGGAUCGACGUCUCGACGCCCGAGGGCAAGAUUGGCCGGCGCCCCUCGCUCGGCGGCGCGGCGUGCGCGCGUGUCGAGCUGCUUGGAGUCGACCAGCCCGGCUUGGUCUCCCGCGUCUCCUCCUUCCUCGCGACACACGGCCUCAACAUCCAGUCGCUCGACUCGCGCGUCUACUCCGGCGCCGCGCAUGCCACCGACGGCGGCGACCAUGGCGCCCCAGGGCACGCGGCCCGCCGCACGCCCUCGUACCGGCAGGCCGCCGCCAGGGCGGUGGAGACGGGGGUGAGCCGAGCCGUCACCGCGCGCGCCGAGGGCGACCUCUUCUGCCUCUCGGCCGUCGUCUCGAGCGAGCGGCACCCCGAUUUUGCGCAGCUGCAGGCCGAGGCGGCCGCCUUUGAGGCGCGCCACGGCGUGAGCCUGACCAUCCAGCCGCUCGAGGCGGCCGCGGCUGUCGAGCAGAGGUGA